AUGUCAGAGUUAGACAUAACGUGUGCAUCACCUAGAGCUAUCAAAGGACAAGCAGUUGCAGACUUACAAGCAGUAUUCCCUGGAGAAGGCACUACUUCACUACGCGAGGACCUUCUUGGAGAAUUUCCAGACAUCUCCGUUGUCGAAGAAGAAGCGUGGCUAUUAUAUUUUGAUGGCUUUUCCACCCCUAGUAAUAACACUAGAGGGGCUGGCAUAGUCCUAGUGUCUCAAACCGUUCGAAGGUUUAGAAGAAACCUUGACGGUGAAGAGGAGAACGGUAGAAUCAACGUGGAUUUCAUAAUGCAAAGAAACUGGAACCUACGUUGGCGAACUCCGAUAAUUCAGGAGCUCAGCAGCUCACUUUCUCAAGGAAAGGACAGUCUCAAAACCUUGCAGAGCUUCUUCAUGCUUCAUGGUAUGCUAUAUCACCGAAACCCGGAUGAUUCCUUAUCAAGAUGUCUCGGAGAUGAAGAAGCUCAGCUGCAGCUUAACCGCGUUCACGAUGAAAUUUGCGGACAAACAUUGGUGGUAACGCUCUAUCGCCGUCUUCGACGCCUGGGCUAUUACUGGCCAGAAAUGGAAACUCAAUCUCAUUUACUUCAAAAGUCUUGCUCUAAUUGUCAAAUGUCGCCGCAUCAAUUGGAGGUUUUCAGCGUGAGUCAUGCUGGGGACUGGAGAGAGCCGUACAUUAGAUAUCUUCACGAUGGAGUAACUCCUGCUAAUCAAAAGGAUUCCAUCAAUAUGAAGCAAAAGGCGAAGAAAUUCGUAUUUCAUGAAGGGAUCCUCUGGGGACUUGACAUAAUUGGAAAGAUCAAUCCUCCGUUAUCAAAGAAGCACAAGUACAUCAUAACUGCGACAGAAUAUGUUACCAAAUGGGUUGAAUCCAUUCCUCUACGAGGGACUACAGGAGCAACGAUUGCGGCUUUCAUUAAAGAGUACAUCAUUUGUCGGUUUGGCGUGCCUAAACAUAUCAUCACUGAUAACGACACUCCCUUCGGCAACAAACAAGUACGAGAGUUGCUUAAGGGAUACAAAAUUAAACAAGUCUUCUCCACCAUUUAUUACCCCCAGGGAAACGGACAAGCUGAGAGCACCAACAAAACACUAAUUCGGGUUCUCAUUCGAACAGUGCAUGACAAUCCCAGAGAAUGGAACGAAAAGCAACCGAUGGCGCUAUGGGUGUAUCGAACAACACCUAGAAAUUCUAUUGUAGUUUCUCCAUAUUUGCUUGUUUACGGCGCAGACGCGAUCCUCCCAGCAGAAAUCAAGAUCCCGUCAGCCAGGAUUGCAGCAGCAAGUGGGGUCCACUGGAAUGAAGCUGAAGCGUUGAUCUCCAGGAUCGCCGAGUUAGACACUCUAGACUCCAGAAGAGGUAAAGCAGAGGAACGUGCUCAGAUGUACAGAAAUAUGAUCUCCAGGGCAUAUGACAAGACUAUAAGGCCGCGUGUUUUAAAAAAAAUGAGAUUUGGUCUUAAAGAGACGGCCAAGCACAUUCAGCAAGACAUGCCUGCACCAAAGUUCUCUCCAAAAUGGGAAGGUCCUUAUGUGAUUACCAAGGCUUACAGUACCGGCUACUACAAGAUCGUUAAGGUGGAUGGAGGCAAGUUAGAAGCAGUCAUCAAUGGAAAAUGGCUCAAGGCAUAUCAUGCUUGA